AGAGAGAAUGUGUGUGUGCGCGCUGAGUUUGUUAAGAAAGCAUUUUUAUUUUUGUUUCUGUCCCAAUGACUUUUAAGUUAAGACUCAUUGACCAGGCGUCCCAGCAGCUUCUUUGAAACAACGUGGGUUCAUUUCAGACCACAUCAGACACCGCGGUAGUGUUGUGUUUCUUUCUAAAACACAGACUCUCUCUCUUGGAAAAGCUACAAAAACCCAAACCCAAACCCAUCAUUUUCAACUUCACAAACCUUUCCUUAACAUGCCAAAUUCACCACCGCAACAACACCUACUACCAUCUCUUCUGAGUCUCAUCCUUCUCCUCCUCCUAGGCCAGUGCCUCUUCACCAAAACCAAUGCCACCACCACCGCUCAAAAAUUCCGUGAAGCCCCCAAAUUCUACAACUCUCCAUCAUGCCCUUCCAUACCCAUUUCAUCUUCAACCAUGGACCUCUGCUCUGAUCAGGCUGUCCACGUGGCAAUGACCCUCGAUGCCAUCUAUCUCCGUGGAUCAAUGGCUGCCAUUCUCUCUGUCCUCCAACACUCCUCUUGCCCUGAAAACGUCUUCUUCCACUUCGUCACUUCCUCCUCAAACUCCAUUUCCAAUCCCAACAAUCUCACUCACAUUAUCUCCAACUCAUUCCCGUACCUCAAGUUCCGAGUCUACCCCUUCGACGACUCGGCCGUGUUGGGACUCAUCUCCACUUCAAUCCGCGCAGCCUUAGACUGCGCUCUCAACUACGCUCGAAACUACCUCGCUGAUCUCAUCCCACCAUGUGUCAGCCGCAUAGUCUACCUCGACUCGGACUUAGUCCUCGUCGACGACAUUGCCAAACUCGCAGCAACCCCACUUGGAGACCAAGCUGUCCUCGCUGCACCAGAGUACUGCAACGCAAAUUUCACCUCCUACUUCACACCCACGUUUUGGUCCAACCCAACUCUGUCUCUCAUUUUCGCUGGCCGCAGUGCCUGUUACUUCAACACGGGUGUCAUGGUCAUCGAUUUGGAGCGGUGGAGAAGCGGUGACUACACAACAAAGAUAGUUGAAUGGAUGGAGCUCCAGAAGCGAAUGCGGAUCUACGAGCUGGGUUCUUUGCCACCAUUUUUGUUGGUUUUUGCUGGAAACAUAGCCCCAGUGGAUCACAGGUGGAACCAGCAUGGUCUUGGUGGGGACAACUUUCGUGGGUUGUGUAGAGAUUUGCAUCCUGGUCCAGCGAGUCUCUUGCAUUGGAGUGGAAAAGGCAAGCCAUGGGCUCGACUCGAUGGUAACCGGCCUUGCCCUUUGGAUGCGUUGUGGGCUCCUUAUGAUCUGUUACAAACUCAGUUCGCUCUGGAGUCUUAGAAAUGGUUUUAUUUUUUUUAUUUUUUUUUACAUAAUAAAUUGUCAAUUUUUGGAAAUUUGAUGAGUUGGGGGACAAUAUAUAAGAGAUGAGAUUCAUAUAUGGUUAAGGGAUCUCAGUUCUAUAUGUCUGCUAGGUGAGAUUGUUUUUGUACAUUAUACUGUAUUAACAGAUCGAUCUUACAAAAAAUGAAAGCUUCAUUUUGUUUUCUA